AUGGCGCCGUGGGCGCGGGCGAUGGCGCAUUGUCCGAGGGGUAUAAGAGCCGCGGCGCGGCGGCCGCGCCUUCGUCAGCAGACGCUCGUUCCCGCGCUCGGCGCCAUCUUCGUCCCACUUCAGGGCGGUGGUGUGUCGCAGACGCUGUUGCCGCUGCUGGCGGUGGUGGCGGCGGGGGCCGCGCAGUGCUCGGCGCCUCGCCAGGCCGGCCCUUCGCCCUCCGCCCAGGACCAGGGCCAGGGGCAAGGCCAGGGGCAGGGCCUGGGCUCCGCGGCCGCCCGCUUCCUGACGGACGAGAACCCGCUGGGCGCGCCGCUGCCCAGCCUCACAGCGUCCGGCGCGCCCGGCGCCGCCUUCGCGCCCUUCGGCCCCUACGCGCCGACCGUCGCCCUCGGCUCCGCCGCGCCCUCCUACACGCCCUACCCCGCCUACCAGCGUAGUAAGAAAAUUGGUCUAAACCAAACCAAGCAGACUGGAUUAAAAGUGCUUGAAAUGCGAAACAAUGUAUUUAUUCACACGUCUGUUUAUCUCGAUACCGACACUGCAAUUUGGGUACCGCUGUCACGCCAUGUGGGUGCGCAGGGCUACACGCACGCGCUGGCGGCGCCGGCGCAGCCGGUCUACGCACUGCGCACGCAGUUCCACGCGCAGGACGAGCUGGGCCAGGGCAUCUACGGCCACGUCGAGCCCUUCCAGGCGCACGCCGCCCUGCAGGACGCGUCGGGCAGCAAGGUGGGCAGCUUCAGCUACGUGGGGCCCGACGGGCGCGUGGUGCGCACCGACUAC